AUGGAUGAUAAUAUUUAUUCCAAGGCAUUCCCUCAUUUGUACGAAGAAAAUAUUCUAUCCUUUUUCUGGUGUCGCAACAGCAGGACACCGUGCAGCAGUGACAGUUCUUUUCCUGUGCACGCAAAUAGUGAGAUUGAUGAGCAUUUCUGUGAAGUAACACCCGGCUGUACCUAUACAUACAAAAAAAACCCUGAUCCAGGAAGGCCGGAAAAUGGAAAACUGGGAGUGGACCUAUCGGACCCUUGGUCGGAAGGUGCAGACGGCGGAGAGGGCGAUAGCGAGAAAAAAGAAUACGCCAAUAGUAAGCAACCCACGUAG